AUGUAUACCUGCGUCGCGCCAUUUGUCAUUAUUUUGGCGGGGCAAUUCCAAUUCCACCCGAGUACCAGAAUCACUCUCAGAGUCCCUCGACUCCCUUCCCUCGACUCUCCAACUCUCAAUCGUCCUCCUCCUCGUAGUGCUCACCAGCCAUCACCGCCGUCGACCAACACAACGGCACCACCCAUCAUCCUUCUCGACGACAUCCCAGAGAACCCAGGCCAUCACCCCAUCACCCCCGCCGUCGAUUCUCUCCUCUUCGACAACACCCCCGCAGUCAUCCCUCUAAAAUUUAGUCGAAAUGCCACAACUGAAAGUGAUUUCAUUGUUGGUGUGAUGGACACUGGAAUUUGGCCUGAAGCUGAGAGCUUUAAAGAUGAAGGUUUUGGUCCUCCUCCUAAGAAGUGGAAAGGUGUUUGUGAAGGCGGCAAAAAUUUCACCUGCAACAAAAAGAUCGUUGGUGCUCGAUAUUACUUAACAGACUCUGCAAGGGAUUUCUGGGGUCAUGGAACUCACUGUGCAUCAAUUGUAGCCAGGAGUCUUGUAAAGGAUGUAAGCUUUUACGGACUAGCAAAUGGUACUGCAAGAGGAGGUGUACCUGCUGCGAGAAUCACAGCAUAUAAAGUCUGUGAUCUUGAUUUCGGGUGUAGUUCAGACAGUAUCAUGGCUGCUUUUGACGAUGCAAUUGCUGAUGAAGUUGACAUCAUUUCAAUUUCACUUAAUGGAUUUUUUCGUUCUGAGCCUCAUUUUUAUAUUGACCCGAUUGCAAUUGGUGCCUUUCAUGCCAUGAAGAAAGGGAUACUAACUUCACAGUCUGCCGAAACCAUAUUUAAUAGUUAUAAGGUUGGUCAUGUGUCAAGUGUAGCACCAUGGAUAUUCACAGUUGCAGCUAGUACCACAGAUCGCCGGAUUAUUGACAGCACUGUUCUUGCAAACGGAAAGAAACUAGUCGGUCCCUCAAGCGACGAUAUUACAAAGUGAAGUCAUAAAAGAUGUUGAUGCGCCUCUUGUUUCUAUCACGUCUGCGACUGGACCAAAUUUAGUUGACUAUGUUCUGAAUUUGAUGAUUCUUCAUCUCCUAGACUGUUGUAUUCAUUUGACUAUGUAGGUCCAGGGCGAGGAGAUGAGGACUUAUACCGGGACGGUGAGAGACUUUGUACGAGCCAUGUCUAGCCUCCAAAUCUCACUACUAGCACUUAAUUUUGCUCCACUUUCGACCUCAGAGCCACCUCGCCUUGUCGAUACCCAGUAGCUUGACAUAUCAAACCUAGAAGACUACUUGUAGUUUUUUCUUUUUUGUUCGAACAUCUUGUACGUACAUUUUCAUAUAUUUUAUAAUUAAAUACUUUUGC